AUGUCCAACUCUGAAGCUGGCAAGGCCACAACAUCGGAAGAGUCCCAAAUUUCCAAACCUCCAUCCGCCAAUGUCUUUUCUAUGUUUGGAGCUAAGAAGGAAAAGAAGGAGGAGGAACCAAAAGAUGAAUCAAACAAGGAGAAGGAAAGUGACAAAAAAGCAGGUAAAGACGAAGAAGGAGCAGAAGAAGAAGAAGAGGUAGAUGUCGAGUUUACGCCUGUCAUUCAUUUGGAUAAAAAAGUAGAGGUGAAGACCAACGAGGAAGAUGAAGAAGUUGUAUACAAGGUCCGCGCCAAAUUAUUUAGGUUUCAUGCAGAUACCAAAGAGUGGAAAGAAAGAGGAACAGGAGAUGUCAAAUUUUUGAAACAGAAGGAGGUCAAUGGCAAAACAAGAAUUGUGAUGAGAAGAGACAAAACCUUGAAAAUAUGUGCUAAUCAUUUAAUCUCGCCUGAUUAUGAAUUGAAACCUAAUAUCGGUAGCGAUAGAUCUUGGGUAUACACUGUGACUGCAGAUGUUUCCGAAGGGGUGCCAGAAGCCCAAACUUUGGCCAUUAGAUUCGGUAAUAAAGAGAAUGCUGAUUUGUUUAAGAAACACUUUGACGAAGCUAAAAAGGCCAAUGCUGUUAAGAAGGAAUAG